CCACCAUUACCUGUGCGACUAUAUAAAAUGCUCCUACUUUCAUUUCCGCAUAUGACUGUAAAACUGCAGCUUUCGAGGGUCGUUCGGAAAAGAAAAGGCCUUGGAGGGUGAAGAACGUCCCAGCCAGAGACUUAGCGGCAGGCAGCUGAGCCUCCAGCUUCCUCUAGGGGGCAGCGGCAGCAAAGCGAACUCCGGGGAUACUCAGAGGUGGCUUCGGAUGAUCACAUGAGGGGGAGUGGCUCACAAGAGGAUCGUACGAUCAGGUCAUAACACAGAGAGGCCCCAGCAGGAAUCAACUGGUCUGGAUCGGCACAAUAAUGGACAAGAAGAGAGGAAAAAGAAGAGCUGAAAUGUGUCCCCCUGUGGGGUGUAACAGAAAGAGCCCUGAGAGUGUCCUGAUGAAGAGAGCAGGCUCACCUGUACCCAGCUGUGUUUCCAUGAAGAGUGACUGGUCAGUGAAGCAACGAAUCAGAUUCUUUGAGGGAUCUUUUCCUACAGAUCAAAGAGACCAAAUGGAAGAUUGCAGUUCAGAUCUACAUGAUAAAUCGGGUUUAUCAUCCAUAUUGAAGUCACUAGAGGAAAAAGCCAUGAAGUUCCUAAAGGAGGAACUGGAGACGUUUGUGAGGCACCUAGAUAAUAAUUACCCAGAAUGCUCUGAGCCUCAGCUAGAGGAGGACAAUGACCUGGACUGUGAUGGUCAGAUGCAGAAGACCAGUGUUAGAGAGGUAGCUCUGAAGAUCACACUGUACAUCCUGAGGACCAUGAAGCAAAAUGAUCUUGCUGACAUGCUGGACAAGAGACAGCUCAUGCUGCAGGAAAUCAAAUGUAAACUUAAGAAGCAAUUUGAGUGUGUAUUUGAAGGGAAAGCUAAGGAAGGACAGCCAACACUUCUCAGUGAGAUUUACACAGAACUCUACAUAACUGAAGGUGGGACUGGAGCAGUCAAUGAUGAACAUGAAGUGAGACAGAUUGAAACAGCAUCCAAGAAAAGGCGAACAGAAGAUACUACAGUCAAGUGCAAUGAUAUAUUUAAACCCUUAUGUGGGCGUGAGACACCUAUCAGAACUGUACUCACUAAAGGGGUGGCAGGUAUUGGGAAAACAGUCUCUGUGCAGAAAUUUAUUCUCGACUGGGCAGAAGGAAAAGCAAACCAGGAUGUUCACUUCAUAUUUGCUCUUCCUUUCCGGGACCUGAAUUUGAUUAAGGGUGAAUACAGUCUGAUUGAACUGCUUCACCACUUUGUCCCAGAACUGAAAUCAUUUCAAUCCACUGACCUGUUUAGCUCCAAAGUCUUGUUCAUCUUUGAUGGUCUGGAUGAGUGUCGCCUUCCUCUGGAUUUUCAGAACAAUGAGAGCUGGUUUGAUGUAACAGAGAAAACGUCCCUGGAUGUGCUAUUGACUAACCUCAUUAAGGGGAAUCUGCUCCCAUCCGCUCUCCUCUGGAUAACCUCCCGGCCAGCAGCAGCCAAUCAGAUACCUGCUAAGUGUGUCCACCAGGUGACAGAGAUACGAGGGUUCAGUGAUGCCCAGAAGGAGGAGUAUUUCAAGAAGAGAUUUGAUGAUCAGAGCCUGGCCAGCAGGAUUAUCACACAUGUGAAAUCAUCAAGGAGCCUCUUCAUCAUGUGCCACAUACCUGUGUUCUGCUGGAUUUCAGCCACUGUGCUUAAGAGGCUUUUUAGUGAGAUUGACAGGGGAGAAAUUCCAAGGACUCUGGCUGAAAUGUACACACACUUCCUGAUCUUUCAGACAAGUGUAAAAAAUGACAAGUAUAUGAAAAACCAUGAAACUAAGCUUAAAGAAUACAGCAAGGAAUUCCUUUUGACACUUGGUGAACUUGCUUUUGACAACCUUGAGAAAGGCAAUCUCAUAUUUUAUGAGCAAGAUCUGACAGAGAAUGGCAUUGAUGUCAGUGAAGCUUCAGUUUACUCUGGAGUGUGCACAGAAGUCUUUAAAGAGGAGUAUGGGUUGUACCAGGAGAAGGUGUACUGCUUUGUGCAUCUGAGCAUCCAGGAGUAUCUCGCUGCUUUAUAUGUGUUUCUGUCAAACUUAUCAGCUGACCUGCUGAAGACUGCAGUGGAUCAGGCAUUAGAGAGCAAGAAUGGACACUUGGACCUCUACCUCCGCUUCCUCCUGGGCCUCUCAACAGACUCCAGUAAGACUCUGUUACAAAGGCUACUGGGGCCGACAAGAAUCACCUCACAUAUCAUUAAGGAUACAGCCCAGUACAUCAAGGGGAAAAUAAAGGAGAAUUUAUCUCCAGAAAGGACCAUCAAUCUGUUCCACUGUCUGACUGAAUUGGGUGACAAUUCUCUAGUAGAGGAAGUACAAAGAUACCUGAAUUCAGGAAACAUUUCAGCAGAUGACCUCUCACCUGCACAGUACUCAGCUCUGGCCUUUGUGAUGCUGAUGUCAGAUGAGGAGCUGGAUGUGUUUGACCUGAAGAAAUACAUCAGAUCAGAUGAAGAGCACUGCAGGCUGCUGCCUGUGGUCAAGAACUCCAGGACGGCUCUGCUGAACAGCUGUGAUCUCAUAGAUAAACACUGUGAAGUGCUGUCUUCAGCUCUAAGAUCAAACUCUUCCCCACUGAGAGAGCUGGACCUGAGUGACAAUAACCUGAAGGAUUCAGGAGUGAAGCUGCUCUCUACUGCACUAGGGGAUUUACACUGUAAACUGGAGCUAUUGAGGCUGUCAGGCUGUAGAGUCACAGAAGAAGGCUGUUCUUCCCUGGCUUCAGCUCUGAAGUUAAACCCCUCACACCUGAGAGUCCUGGAUCUGAGCUACAAUCACCCAGGAGAUUCAGGAGUGAAGCUGCUCUCUGCUGUACUGGAGGAUCUCAGCUGUAAACUGGAGAAGCUGCAGCUGUCAGGCUGUAGAGUCACAGAAGAAGGCUGUUCUUCCCUGGCUUCAGCUCUGAAGUUAAACCCCUCACACCUGAGAGACCUGGAUCUGAGCUACAAUCACCCAGGAGAUUCAGGAGUGAAGCUGCUCUCUGCUGUACUGGAGGAUCUCAGCUGUAAACUGGAGAAGCUGCAGGUGGGCCGGUGUGAACUCACAGAGAAAUGCUGUGAGGCACUGGCUUCAGCUCUCAGAUCAAACUCCUCACCCCUGAGAGAGCUGGACCUGAGUGACAAUGACCUGCAGGACUCAGGAGUGAAGCUGCUCUCUGCUGGACUGGGGGACUUACACUGUAAACUGGAGAUACUGAGGUUGUCAGGCUGUAGAGUCACAGAAGAAGGCUGUUCUUCCCUGGCUUCAGCUCUGAGGUCAAACCCCUCACACCUGAGAGAGCUGGACCUGAGCUACAAUCACCCAGGAGACUCAGGAGUGAAGCUGCUUUCUGCUGUACUGGAGGAUCCCAGCUGUAAACUGGAGAAGCUGCAUGUGGAUCAUGGUGGAGAGUGCAGGACCAGACCAGGCGUACAGAAAUACUCCUGCCAGCUGACGCUGGACCCCAACACAGCAAACAGACGCCUGUCUCUGUCAGGGGGGAACAGGAAGGUGACAUGGGGGGCAGAGCAGCAGCCAUAUCCUGAUCAUACAGAGAGAUUUGACAGCAUGCAGCAAGUUCUGUGCAGAGAGAGUCUGACUGGCCGCUGUUACUGGGAGGCUGAGUGGGAUGGAGAUGGAGCUGUGAUAGGAGUGACUUAUAAAGGGAUCAGGAGGGAAGCAGGGAGGGGCUGUGGGCUUGGAUUCAAUGACAAGUCAUGGAGUCUGUGCUGUAAUACUAACAGUUACUCUGUCCGGCACAAUAAUAAACAGACUCUCAUACCCAUAAAGCCCUCAGGCUCCCGCAGAGUAGGAGUGUAUCUGGACUGGGGGGCUGGUGCUCUGUCCUUCUACAGAGUCUCCUCUGAUGGACUGACCCCCCUGCACAGAUUCAGCUCCUCAUUCACUGAGUCCCUCUUUCCAGGGUUUUGGGUUUAUAACUCCUCAGUGUCACUGUGACGUGUUGCUGGUUCUCCUGGCAAA